AUGGAUGAUGAUCUAUUCCAGCUGAGACAGUUACCUGUUGUCCGUUUCCGUCACACGGGUGAAAGCACACGCUCUGAGGAUGAUGGUGAAAGUCGAGAGCCCUAUGCUGCUGUGCGGGUGGCAGAGCAGAAAGAAAUGGAGUCUGUGGCCCUUGCAGAUGGAGCUCCUGUCCCUCGGGAGUUUGCCAACCCAACUGAUGACACAUUCAUGGUUGAGGAUGCCGUCGAGGCUAUUGGUUUUGGGACUUUCCAGUGGAAGCUUUCCAUCCUUACUGGGCUGUCCUGGAUGGCAGAUGCAAUGGAGAUGAUGAUUCUAAGCAUCUUAGCUCCACAGCUUCACUGCGAAUGGAGACUUCCAAAUAUGGAGGUUGCUCUUCUUACAUCGGCGGUGUUUAUUGGAAUGAUGGUCAGCUCCUCCCUUUGGGGAAACAUAUCCGACAAGUAUGGAAGGAAGACAGGUCUUACAAUGAGUGUGUUGUGGACAAUGUUCUAUGGGCUGAUGAGUGCUUUCGCACCCAUCUAUGGUUGGAUCCUCUUUCUCCGUGCUUUAGUGGGCUUUGGUAUUGGUGGAGCCCCACAAUCGGUUACACUGUAUGCUGAAUUUCUUCCAAUGAAGUCUAGAGCUACUUGUAUCCUGCUAAUUGAGAUAUUCUGGGCAUUAGGGACAGUGUUUGAGGUCCUUCUGGCUAUUCUAGUGAUGCCUUCUUUGGGCUGGCGAUGGCUUCUCGGCCUCUCGACCAUCCCUCUUUUCAUCUUUGCCAUCCUUUGUUUUUGGUUACCUGAGAGCGCUCGAUACGAUGUGCUGACGGGGAAUCAGGAAAAAGCUUUGGCUACUUUGAAGCGGAUCGCCAUGGAGAACGGCGUGCCCAUGCCAUUGGGAAAACUCAUUGCUGCUAAACAAGAGGACCGUGGGAAGAUUUGUGACUUGUUUUCAUCACACAUUCGCUGGACAACAGUCCUUUUGUGGUUUAUUUGGUUUGCAAAUGCUUUUUCAUAUUACGGUCUUGUUUUACUCACCACUGAGCUGUUCCAGGAAGGAGGUGCAUGUGGAUUGUCCAAAGGUAAUAAGAUGGAGCCGAGUUGCAGCUUGGAGUGUAAAUACUUGAAUAGUGAUGAUUAUAAGGAUCUGUUGUGGACAACUUUAUCAGAAUUCCCAGGACUGUUGGUGACAUUAUGGGCGAUUGAUCGCUUAGGAAGAAGGAAAACCAUGGCCUUGUGUUUCUUGGUCUUUGCGUUAUGCAUCAUUCCACUUUAUGGUUGUGUGGGGAGAACAUCCAUGACGGUGUUGAUAUUCAUCGCCAGAGCUUUUAUCGCUGGAGGAUUCCAGGCUGCCUAUGUGUAUACUCCAGAGGUGUAUCCAACUGCAACCAGGGCUUUAGGUUUGGGAACAAGCAGUGGAAUGGCUCGCGUUGGUGCCCUCAUUACACCUUUUGUUGCACAGGUGUUGUUGGAGUCAUCCGUGAAUUUGGCUCUCUCGGUGUACAGCUGCUGCUGUUUGCUCGCCGCCGUCGCCUCUUGCGCGCUGCCAAUUGAGACGACGGGGCGAGGCCUGCAGGAAUCCAGCCAACGCCAGUGGGGACAGGAGAUGACGGGUCGGGAAUCCUCCUCGCAAAAUACAGGGCCAAUCCCUCAUUCCAGUUCCGGCUCCCAGGGCUGA